ACACCGCGUCUCCCCGAGGAUGCUGAAAGGAGGAAUUUGAAACCAAUAUCAGCUCCUGCAACUCGUGUUUUUUUGUUGUUUGUCUUUAGUUUUUUAGUUGUUUUUUUUUGUCUUUUUUUAUGUGUGUGUUUUGAGUAGCCCCCCCACACACACACAUUUUGUAUUUAUUAAAGUCAUAAGAAUAUUUUUCUCUUUUUUUCCCUUCUUUUAAAUGUAUUUCUUCCAUGAAGCCAUCACUAUGAGGAGCAUUCCUCCUGUUGGCUGCAACCAUGAUUUACCAGCAUUUGCAGCUUUGCUCUAAUGACAGUCUCGCACUCACAACAGUCUCAUGAAAACGAGCGAGUAUUGAAUUGUCCUUAACUUUCCGGAGCAUCAACCCCGAUUCCAGCUGCAGCAGGAGCUACUUUUUACACUUGAGGUGCGGAGCAGCCAUGAGCCGGGGCAGCCCGUCCUCGCUGCUGCUGAGCGCGCUGGCGCUCACGGCUCUCUGGAGAACCAGAUCAGUGAAAGCCGAUGACACAUCUGAUGCCUUUCAAACCAACAUCACGCUGUUCACACGCAUCUUGGACAGCCUACUGGAUGGAUAUGACAACCGUCUGCGGCCUGGUCUCGGAGACAGAGUAACUGAGGUGAAGACAAACAUCUAUGUCACCAGCUUUGGACCCGUUUCAGACACAGACAUGGAGUACACGAUAGAUGUUUUCUUCAGGCAAAGCUGGAAGGAUGAGAGGUUAAAAUUUAAUGGGCCGAUGAAUAUUUUGCCCCUCAACAACUUGAUGGCGAGUAAGAUCUGGACUCCGGACACCUUCUUCCACAACGGGAAGAAGUCCGUGGCUCACAACAUGACCAUGCCUAACAAACUGCUGAGGAUCAAGGACGACGGGACGCUGCUGUACACCAUGAGGUUAACUGUGCAUGCAGAGUGCCCCAUGCAUCUGGAGGACUUCCCCAUGGACUUCCAUUCCUGUCCUCUAAAGUUUGGCAGCUAUGCCUACACAAUCUCAGAAGUGACUUAUGCUUGGACCCGAAAUGCGUCAGACUCGGUGGUGGUGGAAGGCGAGAGCUCUCGUCUGAACCAGUAUGACCUCCUCGGACAAACUGUCGGCCAAGAAACUAUCAAAUCCAGCACAGGUGAAUACACAGUGAUGACAGCUCAUUUCCAUCUGAAGAGGAAGAUUGGCUACUUUGUCAUCCAGACGUACCUCCCGUGCAUCAUGACAGUCAUCCUCUCCCAGGUGUCCUUCUGGCUGAACAGAGAAUCUGUGCCAGCCAGGACUGUGUUUGGUGUGACCACCGUUCUAACCAUGACCACUCUGAGCAUCAGUGCGAGGAACUCCCUGCCGAAGGUCGCGUAUGCCACUGCCAUGGACUGGUUCAUUGCUGUCUGCUAUGCUUUCGUCUUCUCUGCCCUGAUUGAGUUUGCCACCGUCAAUUACUUCACAAAGCGCGGCUGGGCUUGGGAUGGAAAGAGCAUCGUGAGUGAGAAGAAAAAAGAGAGGGCGUCUGUCGUCAAGAAGAAUAACGCCUACGCAGUAGCGGUAGCCAACUACGCGCCCAAUAUCGCCAAGGACCCCGGCUCUCUCCCAACCAUUGACAAGGGUGGAGCGACAGAUCCCGGCAAGGCCAGAACGGAUGGCAAGGCCCCAGAAAGCAAGAAGACCUUCAACAGUGUCAGCAAAAUUGACAGGAUGUCACGGAUUAUGUUUCCAGUGCUUUUUGGAAGCUUCAACCUGGUGUACUGGGCCACCUACUUAAACAGAGAACCCGUUAUAAAGGAUAUGGUCCCAUCUACUUAGAGACCACUUUUGAUUACUUCUGGUCUGGAGAUGAAGAGAUGAACCAAAUACCUCCAGCAACUACACAUCAUACCUUUGCAGUCCUGGAUUGCAGUGUGAUCCUCUCUCUCUGCGUGUUUUCUACACUGUCUGCAGCACUUUUGAAAAGCCUGGCUUUUGUACAUGUGUACGUAUAUUUAUAUUCAUGGUUUCACCGUGACACGUUGUGUUAUAACUUUAAUUAGACUGCAUAUUUCCUAGAAGGUGUGUUUUCAAAUACGGUGUGUGGCCAAUGUACAUAUAUAAUCAUAUGAGAGGCAAACAUGAACAUAAACAUUUGAUUUAAGAUUACUUAUACUUGUGUUGAAUUGUACUAAUUAUAAUAUCAAUUUUCUUGAUAUCAAACUAUUAGUUUUCUUCUGAGUGAAAGAGAGGGAUUUUACCAUUUUCAUUUUGUUCAUUACCAUAUAAGAGUUGCGCAACUCAUUUUCUAUGACAUCCAAGCCGAUGCAAAAACACAUUUGUAUGAUAUUAUUACAGUUUGAAUCUUCUGUCAUUGUGUGUGAAAAGACGGGGCUGUCAUCAAUUCCUGAUCUCCAGAAUUACUAAUACACGUUUAAAAGGUCCAAUCUCCAUAGAAACAAAGAAAAGGCUUCUCACUUGCACUAUAACAGGUUUUUGCACACCUUUUAGUUAUGCUUUGUUUACUACAGUAAAAGCUCGGAAGUUGCUGGGGGUCCAAGAUGUUUCGUCCGGGGUUAGCAGGUUAAGUUGUUAUUAGAGGACGGGUUACAUGCAGAUGGUGUGUCAAAGCCACAGACGGUAUAUAAAAGAUGAACAUAUAGCCAUCCUGACAUUCAGUAGUUUGUGGACUCCCGUUUUGAAGCCUUUAGUUGGUCACAUUGUUGUUUUUAUUUUUUUUCAGAAACCAAACAUGAUGGACAAACACGACUCCAAUCCAGGAAUGCUAUGCACACCGGUAGUCUCAAUGUAGCACUGACUUGAAGAAUAUCCUGAUUUAUGGUUUAUUUUACCCCUAAAUGAAUUCAAAGAAAUGAAGAUACUAAUGAUUUAAGCGGGGGCAAACCAAUCAAAACUUCUAACAGAGACAGAGAAGUCAUCAUAGUUAAAUAAAUAUGGGUCUUUUUUUCAUAGAUUGCUUUUGUUUUUGCGCUCAGAGAAGUCGUCUCCUUCUGGCCGUCACAAACCUUGAGGGUGGUUUGUCAUUGGCUUCAUUUUUCAUACAAAAAUAUCACCUUUAUAAUAUUGGAGUAUAAUAUUUUAUAUACGGUCUGUGGCCAUGACUUUUUUUCAUGUAAAUAACUGGCUGGAGACUAGGGAUGGGCGGUAUGGACUAAAAAAUGUAUCACGAUAAUUUCUGGCAUUUAUCCCGAUAACGAUAAAAAUGACGAUAAAAAAAAUACCAAUUCAACUCCACCUUUUUAAAUAUAAAUCUAUCACCACAUUCAGUCUUUGGAGCCCCCAAAACACUGCUCUAAAAGAAUACUGAAUACUACUAAACUACACCAAUUAAAUUGAAUUGAUCUUUCUUUCUUUCUUUCUUUCUUUCUUUCAGGCUCAUAUCUUUCUUUUUCUUUCUAUUCUGGCUCCCUUCCUUCCUUCCUUCAUUCCUUCCUUCCUUCCUUCCUUCAUUCCUUCCUUCCUUCCUUCCUUCCUUCCUUCCUUCCUUCACUUUUUUUAGUACUUAUUUUGUAGUGUGGAAUAAUAGAAAAGGCUUGAUAAAGUGACACUGCUCAAAAUGAGAGUAACAUACUUCCUGAGAUGAAUAGUCCACAACAGUAGGUUAUUAUGACAAAACUUGAGCCAUUUAUUAGAUAUUCAAUAUUUUUAACAUAAAAUAGGCAGAAGAAUUAAAUAAAAUAAAUAACAUGAAAAAGCCAAUAUAAAAAAAUCAAGCAAAUUUAAAUAAAAAAAUCAAGCAAAUUUAAAAACAAAUGUACUAAAAGUAGGCUUUGUUACCAUAAAUAAAAGUCGUGACUUCCAAAGUCAGAUAAAUUCUACUGCCAGUGGCAACCUGUGCUGCUGUGUGGUGAAAACAGAACUCCUUCCUUCCUUCCUUCCUUCCUUCCUUCCUUCCUUCCUUCCUUCCUUCCUUCCUUCCUUCCUUCCUUCCUUCCUUCCUUCCUUCCUUCCUUCCUUCCUUCCUUCCUUCCUUCCUUCCUUCCUUCACAUACGUUGUGCGUCGAUUUAACACAGAACCAUAAAUCAGCUUUACACAAAAACGUCAUCAACUGGAAUUUAUCGUUUUUACCGCGAGAUGACAAAUUCUUACCGUGGGGAAUUUUUUUGACGGUAUAUCGUGAACGGUAAAAUAUCACCCAUUCCUACUGGAGACUAAGCUGAUGAGACACAUAGCAAGGUCUCUAGGAUAUGUACCGUCAUUAUAGUACAAGUUCUGCUGUUCAGAAAACCAUACAAAGGUAAACAACACUUAGACUAAAAACUUGAAUCUACAGAGUCAGAUGAUAAUCUUUGUUCUCUCUGAGUCACUCCUUUUACAUGCAACAACACCGGACUAUUCCUGAUAAUAAUGAUUAUAAAAAUACAGAAUAGGAUGGCAGAAGGAUGGCAAUAAGAAAGGAAAGAGAAAUAAAAUAAAUAUAUACCAGUAGUUUUUCUUUAUCCACAAAGUAAUUUGUGUGUUGUAUUUUGAAUGUGCAUUGUCUUCCACUUGAUUUUGUUUAUAUCGUGUCCCCCACGAGUAGUUUUAAUUCUGGAGGAUACCAUAGAUGUGUUGAUAUUGAUGAGAAGAAGAAGAAGAUGGUGAGAAGAAGAAAAAUGGCUCAUUUGAUUUGUUUAAUGUUACAGGCUUAAAUUAAGAGGAUGGGGUGAAGAUUUUGGAUGAAAUCAGAAUUAAAAGCCAACUCGGUGCAGAAAUAACACAAAUAUCUGGUGGAUGUACAUCAUCGGUGUCUGCUGAGAAAAAUGAUCAAAGCAUCGGCAUAAGUCCUGAACGUGUCCCGGAGCUGCUUAACUAUUAAAAAUGUUUUUUUGAAAUGUGAGCAGUAUGAUGAUACAAGACUCCCAGCAUUAUAGACCUUUUUUUGUUAAAGAUAUGGUUGCUUUUCCAUAACUUCUGCCAAUGUUUAAGAAAUAUCAUGUUCAGCCCUACACCAGCUGUCAUAUAUGGUAAGGUGUUAAUCUUUGUCAUAAAUAUAUAUGAUUUUACUUCAUUAUUUAGCUAAACUUCAUUUUCUGGGGUUAAAUGAAACUUUUGCAUGGGUACCAUUCUUGGAUUUUGAUAACUCUUUUUUAAAUUUCAGCAGGUCGACUACAACUCACAGUUUCUCCAACAUCCAAAUAGAAACUUAAACAUUCCAGGUAAAAUGAUUGUUCACAAGUUGUAUGCUUGAUUCAGUGC